CUUUGUAGACACAUAAAAGUGCAUGCAGGACAUCAAAUUGAAAAUAUGCUUCUGGAAUGUACUUACGCUGGACAUAAGUGUGACAGACCAUCGAAGAAUAGUGUUACCCCGGACUAUGGUAAUUGCUACACUCUUCAGUCUCGAAGAUAUAUUUCUGGAACAAGUGGACCAGUAGGAGGUAUGACAUUAACCAUAAAUCUGGAAAACCACGAAGCAAUUGAGACAAUGACGGAGGGUUUUGGACUACGACUGGCUCUACAUGAAGUUGGAAGCUUCCCAUUACCUCUGGAGAAAGGCAUGACAAUUUCGGGAGGAUUUGAAACAUCACUAGCGCUUAAAUUGACGACCAUAAAACGAAAGGGGCCCCCAUAUGGAGAGUGUGAAGAUCCAGUAGCAUAUUUCAAAAAACAUCUUGUUCGUUACACAACACAGGAGGAGCUGAAAAACACAUCGUGUGCAACCUAUGAGAAUAGCACAGCAUGCAGACUGCAUAUGAUGACAAAUUCUACUCCCAGCUCAAAUUUCCUGAAACUUCAUAUCUAUUUUGAAGAACUUAACUAUGAACAGAUUGUAGAAGAACCUAUGUAUGACAUAACCCAAGUGAUUGCUGAUAUUGGUGGUUCCUUAGGACUAUGUAUUGGCGUCUCAUUACUAUGUGUUUUUGAAGCAGUAGAAGCUAUUGUAGGAGUUUUAUUGGUGAUGAAGAGAAAAAUACAAGGACAUACUCGCGUUAAAGCACAAUUCAAUUAA